AUGGCGGCUCCCACCACCCCCCGACGCUCGGAUGUAGACAAGAAACCCCAUUCAUACAGACACCCAUCGCCGUCACCGGAUUCAUCCGGUGACGACCUGGGCACCGACAGCGCCACAUCCGAGGGCCCUUCCCCUGCCAGCCUACCCGGGAGGCGCGACACCCGCGCGCCAAGGUUCCCGCCCAGCGGCGUCAAGCCUCCGCCCCUCAAGACCGACAACGAAUCGCUGAGGGCCCUCGUGCGCAAGCGCAACAGCGCCGGGAACGAGGCUCAAUCACCAGCUAGUGAGGGCGAGCUGCCUCUGACCCUUCCACAGCUCCGGGAGAUCCUGUGGGCGUCCGGCCGCAGGUACCUGGGCAGCCGGGAGCUGGACCACAUCAACGUCGCGGCGGUGUCGUUCCCCCGGUCGUGGACGGCGGCGGUGCCGAGCUGCGACGGCAACAUGCUCAUCAGGAUCAUGGUGCACCCCAAGGGCGGCUCCAAGCCCUUCACGAUGACGCGCAAGUUUGAACGCAGCGUGCUCAGCGAAAUGGUUCCGGAGCCUCUACAGUCGCCUUCGACGCCCAACUUUGACCGCAAGAAGCUGCUCUCCGCCGUCGCGGGCAUGAAGAAGACACAAGCGUCUAGCAGGCCCAGGAGGGGCGUCAAGGCCGCCGCCGCCGCCGCAGCGACCCAAAGGAAGAGUAUACCAGAUGGAGUUCCCAUGAACUUUUACUACGCAUUAUGUCGCGUCCCUGUUCUAGCAGCCAUCAUCCUGUCGGGCAAAGUUUCCUUCGGCGACACGAUCGUGGUGCCGAUGCCCUACCCGGAGGCGUGGGCUGAAACGGUGGCCUGGGUGUACACGGGCGAGGAGAAGCUGCUGGCGGACAAGGUCGCUCAGAACGCGCGGUUUCUUGGCGGUCAAGUCACGAAAGAUGAAGAAAGGAAAAAAGAAGCAUAA